CCGCCACAAUCUGUUGCGUCCUCAGGCGGCCAGGCCUCGAGUCGAGGGAUCAAAGGCACAAACACAACGGCACGACGCAGGCGCGCGCUCUGAAACUAACCAAGAAGAGGGGAGAGGCAAGGAGCAGAGCAAGAAGCGAAGAAGAUGGCCGCCGCUGCCGCUGCUGCUGCCGCUGCCGCCGUCCUGGACGGCGUCUCCUCCUGCGGGAGCACCAACAUGCGCCGCGCCGACCACCACCUCCCUCAGCUCCCGAUCCCGCUGCCCUGCAUGGGCGAGCCCACCGCCGCCUCCCGCGUCUCGCCGGGCUCCUCCCCGGCCCGCUCCGAGGCCUCGCGGGGCGCCCCUGGCUACAACGCCGACGCCGAGGCGGACCCGGAGCCCGAGGCCGAGGCCUCCGUGGGGCGGAGCACGCAGAUGCUGCUCGCGAUGGCCGCCAUGGGCGGGCGCGGCGGGCCCUACGGCCGCCGCCCGGCCUCGUCCUACGGCAGCUGCGCCGCGUGGAGCGCCGGGUCGCUCACCAGGCACCGCCCCGCGUCGCCGUCCCCGAUCUGCAGCCCCGUGAACAGCAACGACGGCGGCGGCGGCGGGGAGGAGGAGGACCGCGAACCGCACGGCGGUGAUGACGCCUCCUCGUUCGUCACGCCACGGAUGGAAGAAGAGCAAGGGAGGGCCAUGAAUCCUUCUGCUACACCACGAAACAUCAGACAGACACCCAGGCACCCUUCUCUGCUGGAUAGGAGAGCUGAAUUAGGGGCCAAUCAAAUGCCUCCAAGAUUCAUUCACAAGACCACACCAGCUAGAUUUAUGCGCCGAGUUCGCUCCUCACAUAAUUUCCGUCAGCGCGUGGGUGCACUAGAUGCUAUCAAUGAAAGGAGACUGCCCAAAGUCAGUGAAGGGGAUGACGAGGGCGGUGAUCAAAAAGACUGGCAGGCUGAUACUGUGUCAUCUCGUAUAUCCUCAGCUCGUGAUUGGAAUUUUGAGUCUGAUGGAGCCUAUGAGGGUAGCAAUCACAGCGAUUGUGCAUUUGGCGAUUCAUAUGGUGAGAACCGUCCAGUUGAAGUGCAAAGGAUGGAGAGGCGGAUCCCGAGCUCUGUGUUAAAACCCCAAGGCAAUUUAGUCCAUGCCAAAUUGGUUGCCUGGAAGGAUGAGCAGAUUGCAAAGCUCAUAGAAAAGCUGAAAAGCAAAGAAGCCGAUAUUGAUGAUUGGCAGAGGAAGAAGAUCGCAAAGGCCAAGCAGAAGAUGAGAAGUGCUGAGUUGAAGUUGGAGAAGAAGAGAGCGGAAGCGGCAGAAAAGAUGCAAAGGUCGAUAAAGCAUGCACAAAAAAAAGCUGAUAAGAAGAAAGUCAAGGAGCAGGCAGCCACUAAAGUUCAGAUAGAUGGUGUUGAGAGAGCAUUGGAUAAGAUGUCAAGGACAGGAAGACUCCCCUGGUCACUAGCUUUUUUGUGAUCCAGCUCUUCGUAUGUGCUUGUACCAGGGAAGGUGGUUUGCCAAACCGUGAAAGCCACUGGCGAUGCGGCAUGGCAGAGCAAUAUGAGUGAAAUCAGCUGCUAAAGGAUUGAAAUCGACAUAUCGCAAAUUAAGAAAAAGAGAGGAUAUAUUGGCAAUUAGCAAUUCUUUGGUGAUGGAAGUUUUGGGUUGUGUAAUACUAGGAUUUGUUUUGAGGCAAUAGUUAUUAGCAUUUAAGCACUGCUUUUGAACAUGACAUGGACAACUGGGGGUGAAUUUUUGGUACUUUCCUGUAUGUUGACCGAUAACUCUUCUAGUGUUCUGAGACAUAAACAUCCUUGAUUCUUACAGCUUUGCUGUGUUAGUGUACAGUACUUCAGCUUUAUGAGUAUGAUGUGAUGAACAAUGCUUAUUCAUAUUUGCUUAA